AUGCAAAAUCUGCGAUUAACCGAUACUCGAACAGUAUCACUAGGUGAUUUGACCGGUGCUAAUGUGAUUCAACGUUUUGCUAUCGAUGCUGACAACCGAAUUGUCUAUUUGCUCACAUCUCAAUCCAUACAUUCUCUAACAUUAGAUGAUAACCAAUAUAAAUCAAUAUAUUCUUCGCCUGAUCCAACAGCAACAUUUCAAGAUCUUUGUUAUCUUUCCGAAAUCAAUCGUCUUGCUUUGGGUUUGUCCAAUGGUGAUUUACUUUCUCUACAGUUCGAAGAUGAUCCAGAGGAUAACGUUAAUAACAUUGGUACAUUAGAAGAAUGUAUACAUGAAUUGAAAGCAAGUCCAGAUCAACAAAUUCUUGUAGCAGUCACUAAUACCAAAGUGCUUUUACUUUCAACGCACAGUGAUUACGAUCCGAUUUCGGAAACAAUACUUGAUACAAAUGAAUUUGGUGAACAACAAUUGGUCAAUGUCGGUUGGGGUUCAAAAUCAACUCAAUUUCACGGUUCCAUUGGUAAAAAAGCUGCACUAGAACCAGUUGCAUCGACACCUACGAAGUCACGGUCGCAGCACGAUGAUGGUCGAAGUCAUAUUGUAUGGCGUGAUGAUGGAGAUUUAUUUGCUGUUUCAUUUAUUUCUUUAACAAAUCAAUGGCGCACGAUAAAAAUCUUCAAUAAGCAAGGUCAACUACAAUCAACCAGCGAGGCACCUCUUAACGGUUGCAUUGAGUCCGCUAUAGCAUGGAAAAUCAGUGGUGAUCUAAUCGGUGCUGCAAUGCGGUUCAAUAAUGGACAAAAAUUAACUGUUAGUUUCAUGGAAAAGAAUGGUCUGAAACACGGUGAACUAGUUUUAGACAAUAUCGGAUAUGUGAAGCAUCUAGCAUGGAAUAAAGAUUCAACAAUUCUUGCUAUAGUUCUUUGUCAACAGAAUGAUUCUUUUCUUCAACUCUGGUCAUCGAGUAAUUAUCAUUGGUACUUAAAACAAUCAUUUCCAUUUCCUUCCAUAAAUAUUCAAGCACUUCUCUGGGAUAUUGACAGUGCAAAUAAACUUCAUUUUGUAACCGAUAAUGGUCGAUAUCACACAAUGACAUGGUCCUGGACAAGUGAAGUCAGUUAUACGAACAUUCGUUCACUAGUCUUUCUCAUCGGUGGUUCUCGUCUGUUCGUGUCGGAUUUCACUCAUUCAUCCAUUCCACCACCAAUGUCAUCCUAUGAGAUCAUCUGUCCAUCAUCUAUUCUUGCCAUCGCUUUCGACGACGAUCAUGAUAAAAUAGUUCUUAUACUUUCUGACUGUUCGUUAGCCAUAUGCGGUACAACAUCUGGUCUACCGGAUUACCGUACAGUCGUUCAUUUAUCGCAAGUUCAAUCAGCACAUUACGUUCAGGCAGUAAUUUCAUCAACCGAUUCACCAAUUAAGAACAUUCAUAAUGCCACACAUUUCCGUCUGAUUAAUAAUCAAUUGAUGUUCAUCGAAGACUCUCAUUUACAUAUUUACAAUCUUGAAACCAAAAGCAAAACAAGUUUGCCUUUAAAUUUCAAUUGUCUAACAACAGCAGUUGAUCAUGAGAAUGACAAACAUUUAUAUCUACAAGAUGAACACGGCAAAAUCUUUCGAUUAGAUAACAAUGACCUACAUGCAAAAAUGCAUUUUCCUCGACCAUGUUCACAUUUUUCCAUUGUACUUAACGGGCAGUUUGUCGGUUUAACAGAAAACUACCGAUUGUAUCUCAAUACAGUUGAAUUAGCACACAAUUGCAAUUCAUAUUUCAUUCAUGAUAAGACCAUUCUUGUUUACUCAACAUUACAACAUCAGUUAGCUUUUCGAUCGUUGAUCAAUAAUCAAACAGCUACUGAAAUCAGUCAUCGACGAACAGAACGUGGCACUCGCAUCGUUUGCACAGCGUACACCGACUUAAAACUGGUUCUGCAAAUGCCACGAGGUAAUCUCGAAACAAUCUAUCCUCGACCAUUACUGCUAACUUACAUAUGUUCGGAAUUACUCGACAGUAAAACAUUAGACUACAAACGUGCAUUUGAAUUAAUGCGUAAGAAUCGAUUAAAUCUCAAUUUUCUCUAUGAUUACAAACCUAAGCAAUUCUUUGACCAUAUUCCAACGUUUAUCGCCAGUGCUCGAAACGAUGAUGAUGUCUGUUUGUUUCUCAGUGAAAUCGACAAUGAAAAAGAUACACGUGAUGAGUAUAUGAAGUAUAUCUUGAAACAAGAAGAAAAUCUUUCGACUGAUCAUCACAUUUGGCAUCCAAAAGCGAAUCUGAUUUGUGAAAAAUUUCGCUCAUGUCUACAAUCUUCGCCAAACGCUGAUGAACACAUGAACUCCAUUCUGACCACUUACAUCAAACAAUCGCCAGCGAAUAUGGAAGGAGCAUUAAAGUAUCUGAACGAACAUCCAAAAUUAUUCGAUAAUGCCAUACGUUACUUAACAUAUUUCAUCGAUAUCGAUCGUCUAUAUGAUAUUGCUUUGGGUACAUAUAAUUUCGAUCUUGUUUUAAUGAUUAGUGAAAAGACACAAAAAGAUCCGAAAGAAUACCUGCCGGAAUUGAAUCAAUGGCGGUUAGUGACCAAUUACAAUUGGAGAAAAUUCAAGAUCGAUUGUCGAUUGAAACGUUUUAAGAAAGCGAUCGAGAAUGGUUGUGAUUACUUCAUCGAACAUUUGCUAGAGAAUCAAUUGAGCGAAACGAACGAAAAAUUUCCAGAAUUUUUGCUUGUCUUGGAGAAUAAUCGGCUAUACAAGUUAGCUCUGAAGAAAUUCUUGGCCAACGAACAGAUUAAACCGACUAUGGAUUAUGUGUGUGAAGUUAUUCGGUUAUAUGGAGAUUAUCUGAUGACGAAGAAGUAUUACAUCGAAGCAGCGUUAGUCUACGAACGUGGACAAUUCUAUGAACAAGCAAGUAAAGCUUUUCGGCAAGGAAAAGAUGUGCAAAAUUCAUUAAAAUUGCUACCAGAGGUGAUGAAACAAGUUAAACAAGCGAUCGUUAAUCCCGAGUCGUAUCGUUCAUUAGCUGAACAAUUCCGUCAUGAUUCUCUAUACGUCGAGUCCGGUCAAAUCUACGAAAAUUACCUAAACGAUUACGAAGAAGCCCUUCUAUCAUAUCUACAAGGUCACGAAUGGUCUCAUGUGAUUCGUUUAUUCGCAACAUUCUUACACGAUCGCCAUGAUUUAUACGAACACGAGUUUCUGUCUACAUUCAAUAGUUUCUACGAUGAUCUCCAACGACAAAUUCGCAAUGACUAUGACAAAUUUCAAGCUCAUACCAAGCGUCUUUAUCUUCUUCGAACAAACUUGUUCCAUCAUAUAAAAGAAAUUCUCGAUUCCGGUCGUGACUACGACAUUGACGAAAAUGACGAUCAGUCCGACAAUGAUGAUCAGCAACUUCCCGAUGAUCGACGAACACUAGCAACACGUACAGCUGCCGAUGAUACGGGCUCUAUUCGAACGCGUUUAACGAAAAAGUCCGGCUCGAUUUCAUCGAGUAAAAAAUCUCAACGCCGUGCUGCCCAACAACUCGAAAAAUUAGUUCAACUGAAGGAAGGCUCGAAGCAUGAAGAUCUCGCCUUAAUUCGCGAAUUGUGGUUACUGAUCACCAAAUUCGAUAAGCUGAAUUACGACAUUCGUCAUGUAAACAAAAUUUGUUAUCAGAUCAGCACUCAUCAAAAUUCACUUGAAUUUGAAUGCAAAGGCGAAGCAUUACAAAACAAGUACAGCGAAUGUAUGGCUUUGAUCGAGAAACAACUAAUAAAUAUCUGGUUAAGCGGUCCUGACCAGCAAGACAAUGUUCAAACGUUGGUUAUCAAUAAGAAGAUUCGAGAGAAACUAAAGAAAGAACUUGAUUUAAUUUCUAAUCAGUAUCGCGUGUCGCCGGUAUUAAAUUCAAAAACAUCUCAAUGGAAACUUGUUCUUUUUGAUUCGGAUGUUUCAGUUUAA